ACUUUUAUUUACAUAUAUUAUGUGCAUUCUUACAAUGCUGCAAAGGCUACUUCCAUGAAACACAAGAUGGUGGAUGUCCUUUUAAUACGGUAUCAAAAUGUUUUAGCUGUGCACUCUAUAACGUUACUUGCCCUGUUGCAUGAGAUUUUUAAGUCUUUAAAGUCAUGGUUAAAUAUUAAUGUUGUGGUUUGGAUAUGUAGAUUUUACAGAGAUGAUGAGAGCACUUGGCUACCCACGUCUCAUCUCCAUGGAGAACUUUAGAGUUCCAAACUUCCCUUUGGUGGCCGAAAUUCUCAUCUGGCUUGUCAAGAGGUGAUGAAUAAUAUUAAAGCGUGUAACUGUGGCUAUGUGUAUUUAAAAAAAGAAAACGUGUGAUAAAGAGACAAACAAAAAGAUACGAACCUCAGAUGGAAAUUCCAAGUGAUUUUGACACAGAGUCAGACAGAGUGUUUUUCAUCAAGGCUGUGGCUCAAUUCAUGGCGACCAAGGCUCACGUGAAGUUGAAUCUUAAGCGUCUGUAUCAAGCAGAUGGAUACGCUGUGAAAGAGAUUCUGAAAAUCACCAGCAUUCUCUACAACGCCAUGAAGACCAAAGAGAAUGCCGUUGAUCACAGCCAAGAGGAGAACAGCAAGUUCAAGUUUGAUCUUGGGUCAAAGAUAGCUGAUUUGAAGGUGGCACGUCUGCUGGGUUCUGAGAUCACAGCGAAGGGUGCGACGCUAUACGACCUGCUGGGGCAUGAAGAGGACCUCAGAGAGAAUAGGACAGCUGCCAUUGCUCGACCCUUAGAAAUCAUGGAGACAGAGAGAGCCAUGAGAGCAGCUGUGAAAGACGUCAUGGAAAGCAUCCAGAUGACUAAAGAUCUGCUGAAUAACGUGUCGUCUGAUGAGGCGAGUCUCGAUGCCAAAAUCGAAAAGAAGAAACAGGACUUGGAGAGAAACCAGAAACGUUUACAAACUCUACAGAGCGUACGUCCAGCAUUUAUGGAUGAAUACGAGAGGAUCGAGGAGGAAUUGGAGAAGCAGUACCAGACGUAUGUGGAAAAGUUUAGAAAUCUGAGCUUUCUGGAACAACAGCUGGACGACUAUCACAGAGCCGAGCAGGAACGCUUUGAGGAUGCAGAAAUGACAAUGAAAAUGAGACAAAACAAAUUAAAAGAGGAGGAGAAAAGGCUCAUGAGGAGUGGAGAAAUCGAGACUCAUCAGACCAGGCAACAUUUUUCCAGUCUUCAACUGUCCAAUUUUGCAGGAGAUGAAGACUCAGAUGUUGACAUCCCAGAAGAUGAAGGAUCCGACAGCGAUAUAGAUGACGGACAGCAGACUAGGCCACACCUCACACGUCACGCCCAUUUAUCAGGUCGAGGUGGCGCCCGAUUCAUCGGCAGUAUGAGAGGAGGAGAUAGUGAGGAGCCCAGAACAAUGGAACACAUCUGUCUCUCCGGCAGCAGCCGGAAGCAAAAGAGAGCAAAGUCGGAGGACAGUGAGAUUGAUGUGGACGAUGAUGGUGAGGAAGAAGAGGAGGAUGAAGAGGAAGAAAAUGAGGAUCUUGAUGAAGAUAAUGACAGUCUGGAAGGUUCAUCCGCCAAACCUGGACGACCAAACCGAUCGCUGCACCCUCAGAUCCUCGAAGAGAGCGAUAAUGAUUUUUAAUUUAUUUAUUCAAC